GACCUCGGGCGCCGCGCGGUCUGCCUGCUCGAGUCCGACGGCCUGGUGCGGUGCGUGCCCCUCGUCGGGGUGUGGGUCGACCUGGCGGGGGGGCACCGCGAGGGUCAGGCCACUCCGGCGGCCUGCUGGGACGCGAGCGGGGUGGUCGACAGCCCCCUCGUCUGGGCGGCGGCCGCGCGUUUCGUGCACAGCCCUCACGUCGGCGAGCGCGUGUGGAUCGAGGACGCGACCUUCCUCGUGAUGAUCGUGCACCGCUGCACGCCUCACGGGCCUGGAGGCGCCGCCGCGAGCGCCUCUGCCAGCUUCUUCGAGGCCAAGUACGCCUGCCCCGCAGCCAAGGGCGCUCUCGUCGCCCCGGCUGGCGAGCCGCUCACACUGGACACCAGCGGCGUGGCAGAGCCGCCUCGGCAGCUGAGCUGCGCCCUGCUGCAG